AUGGCGAGCGCGUGCGGGCUCCUCCGCGCCGCCUCGGCGGCGCGCCCGUUCGCGCCGUCGUCGUCGUCCGCGCGAUGCCGCGCGGCGCUCUCCUCCUCGCGACGCCGCCGCCGCCGCGCGGCGCGCGUCGUCGACGUCUCCGCGCGCGCCGUGAUCGACGUCGAAAACGACGACGAGGAGGAACGCUUCCCUCCGCCCCCACCGCCGUCGCUCGGCCCCGGCCCGCUCCCGCUUCUGGACCCGACGAAGGGAUACACGCACGUCUCCCCCGGCGUGUGCGACGCGUGCGCGAACGACGUCGACGCGCGAAUCGCGUGGGUCGCGCUCUUGCUCGGGCAGCUCCCGUCGCACCGCGCGAACGCGACGCGAACGCGCGACAUGCUCGUCGGCGAGGGAAAGCUAGAGGACGCGGAGACGUUCAUGGACCGCUACGCGCUGUGGGAGCGGGACUACGAGGCGUACCUCGCGUCGGUGUCGUUGGACGACAAGGCGCCGGGCGAGGGCGCGACGCUGCUGGACAUGGUGCGCGAGAAGGAGCGUCUGCUCCGCGCGCGCGGUUUCGACGAUCUGUUCGCCGGGAUGAAGGCGGAAGAGAACGAGAUCGCGACGGCGCUGUACCGCCCGAUCGGCCUCGAGAUCGACGACAUAUGGGAGCCCACCCCGGGGGCGUGGUACGGCCCGGGCGAGCACCCGGACCCGAACGCCAAGGCGAACAUGAUCCGCGCGGUCAUCGAGUGCUGCCUCGCGGGGAAUCUCUUCGACGCGGGCUCCGCGUCCGCCGUGCAGGCGCGUUCCACUGGUCCCCGUACGACCGCGUCGGCGUGGUGA